GGCCAACAGAACUAGAGUACACAAAUGAGACUUUCAGAAUGUUCAUGUACUGCACUAUUUCAACAGCAGCGGCCUUAUGUUACGUGCUGAUGCUGAAAAUUUACAUUGGACAGAUUAUAUAAUUAGUUUCAAUUCAUCUGUCCUUUUUCAUUAGUUCAAACAGUCUGUAAGCUUCUAAAAUGGCAAUCUCAUUUACAUUCAAAUUUUUGGUUUUAGCCAUGGCUGUGGUUUGCAUGUCCGUAUUCUGCUUCUGCUUAGGGAAGGCAGAUGAAGGUUUGCCUCAAACGGGUGGUGUAGCUGCUGAUCCAGCUCAAAUUGUCGCGAAAGCAUUGUUAUGUUUCAAUGAUAAAUAUAUUUACAGCAGCUGUGAAGAAUCGUGCAGAUUGACUGCAAGGGGAAACCUAGGUGUUCCUCCUGACUACAUUGAUGAAUAUUGCAGUGGACCUUGCCUGUCAGAGACACACCUAGUGCUCAACUGUAUAGAGAACAUCAUGACAAACUUCCUGUUCUACAACAAGGCCACGAUUCAGGAUAUUAGAGACACAAUCCUGGCAGGAUGUGGCUAUGGUCCUGAAAGAGGUAAUUUCAAUGUGGAAGAGCACAUUGAAGCUGAGGAAAGCAGUGCAAGCAAGGCAGCCACUCAGAUUUUGAUUGGCAUAGGGUUGACGAUUAUUGGCCGCACUCUAUUACUUUGAGUUGCUCUGUUUCAGAAUUAGGCAAUAAGGCAUGACUGUAGUUUGCUGAGCAUCAUAUUAGAUUUAUACAGCUUUGUUUGAUUGUAAGAUAUAUAUCUAUAUAACUUUGUUUACUGUUUUCACCCUGAAA